AUGGCUUUCUACCAUAUAUUUCAUUUCCCUUUGGGGCUCCUGCUCUGGCCCAUACUACAGACAGCAUCAGCCCCAGCGACUCCUGACCCUCCCAUGUGCAGCAAUCAAGAGAAGCAAGUGAUGUUUAGCCACACCUACAAGAUCGAUGUACCGAAGUCCUCCCUGAUCCAGGUGGAGGCUGAUCCUGAACCUCUCAGAGAUGAUGGGGGAAGGCUGCUCCUCCCUGGGGAGGCCAGCGAAGAACAGAACAUCAUCUUCCGGCACAAUAUCCGCCUUCAGACCCCAAGGGGAGACUGUGAAUUGUCAGGCAGCUUCCAGGACCUGCUGACCCGGGUGAAGAAGCUGGAGGAAGAGAUGGCAGAGAUGAAGGAGAAGUGUGGUACCCAGCAGUGCUGCCAGGGAGCUCCAGGUCUCAGCAACCUCUGCAGUGGGCAUGGAAUUUUCACCCAAGACACUUGCGGGUGCAGGUGUGAUGAAGGCUGGGAAGGCCCUGACUGUUCCCUCCCCAGCUGUCCCGGGGGGUGCAGUGGCCACGGGCGCUGUGUGGAUGGCCGAUGCAUUUGUGAUGAGCCCUACAUUGGUGAGGACUGUAGCUACCUGCCCUGCCCUGAGAACUGCAGUGGGAAUGGAGUCUGUGUGAGGGGGGUCUGCCAGUGCCAUGAGGAUUUCACGUCGGAGGACUGCAGCGAGAAGAGAUGUCCCAAUGACUGCAGCGGCCACGGCUUCUGUGACACAGGGGAGUGUUACUGUGAGGAGGGCUUCAGCGGCCUGGACUGCUCCCAGGUUCCUGCUCCCCAGAGUCUGCAGCUACUCAAAAGCACUGAGGACUCUCUGCUGGUGAACUGGGAGCCAGAAAUGAACGUAGACCAUUACCUGCUCAGCUACUAUCCCUUGGGGAUGGAUACUUCAAUGAAGCAGAUUAAAGUCCCCAAAGAUCAGUCAAGUUAUGAGAUUCUCGGCCUGCAGCCCAGCACCAAAUACAUUAUCACCUUACGCAAUGUGAAGAAAGGAACUUCCAGUAACCCACAGCAUCUGCUGGCCUCUACAGAUGUGUCUGUGAUUGGCGCUGGUUGGGUGACUGAUGAGACAGAGUACUCCCUGGACGUGGAAUGGGAGAACCCUCCUGUGGAUGUCGAUUAUUACAAACUCAGAUAUGGUACUUUACAAGGGCAGGAACUGGAGGAGGUGACAGUGCCCAAGAGCAGUGACCCCAAGAGCAGAUACGAUAUCACAGGUCUGCAGCCUGGGACUGAGUACAAGAUCACUGUGGUACCCAUAAGAGAUGGGCUGGAAGGCAAACCAAUUUCCCUGAAUGGCAAGACUGGGAUUGACAGUCCCACCAACGUGGUGACUGAUAGAGUGACGGAGGAUACGGCUACGGUCUCCUGGGAUCCUGUUCAGGCCCUCAUAGAUAAGUACGUGGUGCGCUACACCUCUGCUGAUGGAGAGGUCAAGUCUACGAAGGUGGGGAAGGAUAAGAGCAGCACCGUUCUGACGGGCUUGAAUCCUGGCAUGGAGUACACUGUCCAUGUAUGGGCUGAGAAGGGGAACCAAGAAAGCAAGAAAGCCAACACCAAGGCCUUGACAGAAAUCGACAGCCCAACCAAUCUGGUAACUGAACGUGUAACUGAGGAUACAGCCACCAUCUCCUGGGACCCAGUUCAGGCUGUCAUAGACAGGUACCUGGUGCGCUAUGCCUCUGCUGAUGGAGAGACCAAGGACAUGCCAGUGGAGAAAGACAAGACUACUACUCUACUAACCGGCUUGAGGCCAGGCAUGGAUUAUACUGUCUAUGUCUGGGCUGAAAAAGGGGACCAGGAGAGCAAGAAAGCCAACACCAAAGCCCCAACAGAAAUUGAUGACCCCAAGAAUCUGGUAACUGAUCGGGUGACAGAGGACACAGCCACCAUAUCCUGGAAUCCUGUCCAGGCUGUCAUAGACAGGUACAUGGUGCGCUACACCUCAGCUGAUGGAGAGACCAAUGAGAUACCAGUGGGGAAGGACGAGACCACCACUGUCCUGACAGACCUGAAGCCAGGCAUGGAUUACACUGUUUAUGUCUGGGCUGUGAAGGGGGACCGGGAGAGUAAGAAAGCCAAUACCAAAGCCCCAACAGAAAUUGAUGAUCCCAAGAACCUGAUAACUGAUCGGGUGACAGAGGACACAGCCACCAUAUCCUGGGACCCUGUCCAGGCUGUCAUAGACAAGUACGUGGUGCGCUACACCUCAGCUGAUGGAGAGACCGUGGAGAUACCAGUGGAGAAGGACAAGACUGGCACUGUCCUGACAGGCCUGAAGCCAGGCAUGGAUUACACUGUUUAUGUCUGGGCUGUGAAGGGGGACCGGGAGAGCAAGAAAGCCAACACCAAAGCCCCAACAGAAAUUGAUGACCCAAAGAAUCUGAUAACUGAUCAGGUGACAGAGGACACAGCCACCAUAUCCUGGGACCCUGUCCAGGCUGUCAUAGACAGGUACAUGGUACGCUACACCUCAGCUGAUGGGGAGACCAAGGAGAUACCAGUGGGGGAGGACAAGACCACCACCACUCUGAUGGACCUGAAGCCAGGCAUGGAUUACACUGUUUAUGUUUGGGCUGUGAAGGGGGACCGGGAGAGCAAGAAGGCCAACACAAUAGCACCAACAGAGAUUGAUAGCCCUAGAAACCUAGUUACUGAUCAAGUGACAGAGGACACAGCCACCAUAUCCUGGAACCCUGUCCAAGCUGUCAUAGACAAGUACAUGGUGCGCUACACCUCAGUUGAUGGAGAGACCAAGGAGAUACCAGUGGGGAAAGACAAGACCACCACCAUCCUGACAGACCUGAAACCAGGCAUGGAGUACACUGUUUAUGUCUGGGCUGUGAAAGAAGACCAGGAGAGCAAGAAAGCCAACACAAAAGCCCUUACAGAUAUUGACUCUCCCAGAAACCUCCGUGCAUCUGAUGUGACCCAGUCUAGUGGUGUUGUGACCUGGAUGCCACCUUCUGCUCAGAUUGAUGGCUAUAUUUUAACUUACCAAGCUCCAGAUGGCACCAGGAAGGAGGUGAAGCUUGGGCCUUGGGACCAGAGGUUUGAGCUGCAAGGUCUUGGCAUAGGAAGAAGGUAUACCGUCUCCCUGGUAGCCUUUAAGGGUGAUCGCCGGAGCAGGACAGUAUCUACUAACUUAUCCACAGUUGGGGCUCGUUUCCCCCACCCAUCUGACUGCAGUCAGGUUCAACAGAAUGGAGAUGUUGGCAGUGGCAUGUAUACCAUCUACCUGCAUGGUGAUGUCAACCAGCCCAUGCAGGUGUACUGUGACAUGGACACUGAUGGUGGCGGAUGGAUUGUAUUUCAGAGACGAAACACUGGUCAGCUGGACUUCUUCAAACGUUGGAGGAACUAUGUGGAAGGUUUUGGCGAUCCCAUGAGGGAGUUCUGGCUUGGACUUGAGAAGCUACACAAUCUUACCACUGGAACACCAGUCCGAUAUGAAGUGCGGGUAGACUUACAGACAGCAAAUGAGUCUGCUUAUGCAGUCUAUGAUUUUUUCCAAGUGGCCUCUAGCAAGGACAGAUACAAGCUGACAGUAGGGAAAUACAGAGGCACAGCAGGUGAUGCUCUGUCUUACCACAAUGGAUGGAAGUUCACCACCUUUGACAGAGACAAUGAUAUCGCUCUUAGCAACUGUGCCCUGACACAUCAUGGGGGCUGGUGGUAUAAAAACUGCCAUCUAGCAAACCCCAAUGGUCGAUAUGGGGAAACCAAGCACAGUGAGGGGGUGAACUGGGAGCCAUGGAAAGGACAUGAAUUCUCUAUCCCAUAUGUGGAGUUGAAGAUUCGCCCUCAUGGUUUCAGUGGGAGGCAAGUGCUGGGGAGGAAGAAAAGGAUGCUAUCCGGGAAGAAAAUAGUCAACAGAGGAUCCAACUGAGUAGAAGCCAGAAUGAGAAGAGAUCAGUUAAAGCCGCAUAGAUUUUUGGAUGGGGGUGGGUAGAUUACUCAAUGGCUAAACUUGAAUUAAGAUCCAAGUGGCUCUAUGGGGGAUAUGUGUGAUCUCUGCUUUCUGUUAUCUUCAGAAACCCAAUCUACAGGUACAUUCUGCCAGGCCCAAGCCAUGGGGAUUCCCCUUGCUGCUCCAUCUUUACUGAUGCAACAUCAUCUAUACUUAGGAUUCAGUUUUUGUUUUUGUUUUUUUAAAGUGGUUGUAUAGCAUGUGAGGGGGGAAAUUAAUACCACAUUGGCAAGGAUGCUCAACCUUACCCCCAUGACAUUCUAGUGAUAUGAGAUGGCUUGAGAAUUCUGUACAAGACAGAUCAUCUAGCUCUUCACCUAUUGGAAAGCCCCAGAAACUGCUAUUUCUUGGAUUCCCUCAGUAUAUAUUUUGUAUGUAUUUGUAUGUGCAUGUGUCACCCCAUGGAUAGAAUGUAAGUUCCUUGAGGACAGGGACUGUUUUAUUUUUCAUCUUUGUCUACCUUGUGCCUGGCUUAUAAGCAGUCACUUAAUAAAUGCUUGUUAAUAGAUUGAUUGAUAUGUCUAUCCAGUAAGACCACCCAAGGGGAAUAGAACGGUCCAACUGUGUUGGGAUUACUGGAUUUGCCGGAUUCCUGCUUUGUUUGGCAUUGGGUCCAUCAUCAUUCUUUCCCUCACUUAUAGGUGUUGUUAGGGAAAGCAAGGAAAGGAAUGGAGGGUAAAGGCUGGGAUGGAGAGGCCCCCUGAAAUGCAUAGUGAACGGGAGGUUUUUAUGAAAGCCCCCUCCUCCUAUACGCUGGAUAAUAAAGCCUUUGCUAUCCCAAGACAAUUCUUGUCUAAUCUGUAAAAUUGCUUUCAUAGAGCUGUUUGCUUGUAGAUUAGUCUGUACUCACCCAGACUUAAAAUAAUUUGUCCUAUUUUAAAAAUUGUUAUUCCAUAGAGUUUUAAGCUUCCCCCUGCUGGAUCACCCAUCAAGCUCUAACCUGACUCACUUGUCCAGACCCUUCCCUAGUGCUUGGUGCUGUUAAGUAACCCUUUGUGCCUGAGUUUUCUGAAAUUGCUUGAUAUUGUGAAGGCCAGGAAGCCUUGAUGCUUGUUAUGGGAGACUCAGAAAGGUCAGAUACUUUUGGCUUUUACCUUGCCAUUAUGCAACAUUUUCUA